GGGCAUCAGACUUGCCUCCCUCCGCUGCUCUGCUCCCGCCGUUCAGUGACAUCCCCUAUAAAUAGCCCCGCCUCCCCUCUCCCUCCCAGUUCAAACGCACAAUCACAGCCGAUUCCUCACCGCCUCGGAAUCCGCGCCGCCGCCGCUUGCACCUGCGUCAUGAGCCGCGCGAUGGGGAGGGGGCUGGGGUCGAAGCGGAGGGUGGCGGAGGACGAGGAGCCCGAAGAGGAGGAGUACGAGGUGGACGUGGUGCGCGACCAUAUCGCCUCGUCCCGUGGCAGCCGCCUCGCGCUCUUCGGCUCCGACCUCCGCCUCGGCCGCUUCCGCCCGCACCGCCGCCACAGGCGCCCACUCGCCGAGGACGUCGCCACCGCCGGGUUCUUCCACGACCUCAUCAUCCAUCCCGACAACAGGUGGUAUCGGUUAUGGACCAAGUUCAUACUGUGUUGGGCGGUGUACAGUUCCUUCUUCACGCCCCUAGAGUUUGGUUUCUUCAGAGGGCUCCCAAGGAACCUAUUCUUCCUGGACAUAGCUGGUCAGAUCGCAUUCCUUAUCGACAUUGUUGUGAGGUUCUUCGUCGCUUACCUUGACCCCGACACCUACCGAAUCGUCUACGAUCCCACUGCUAUUGCCCUCCGUUAUUGCAAAUCAAGCUUCAUUUUUGAUCUUCUUGGUUGCUUCCCAUGGGAUGUUAUCUACAAGGCUUGUGGAAGUAAAGAAGGAGUAAGAUACCUGCUGUGGAUUCGCUUGACACGGGUUAUGAAGGUGACGGAGUUCUUCUGGCAUUUGGAGAAGGACAUACGUGUGAACUACCUUUUCACAAGGAUAGUGAAGCUCAUAGUUGUGGAAUUCUACUGUACACACACAGCAGCCUGUAUCUUCUAUUACCUUGCUACAACGCUUCCUGAAUCAAUGGAAGGACACACAUGGAUAGGGAGUUUACAGUUGGGGGACUACAGCUAUGCGAAUUUCAGGGAGAUCGAUCUUGCCAAGCGCUAUAUAAUAUCAUUAUACUUCGCAAUCGUCACCAUGGCAACUGUUGGUUACGGUGACAUUCAUGCUGUCAAUGUCAGAGAAAUGAUAUUCAUCAUGAUUUAUGUAUCCUUUGAUAUGAUUCUUGGCGCUUACCUUAUUGGUAACAUGACUGCGCUUAUUGUGAAAGGCUCGAGAACGGAGCGGUUUAGGGACAAGAUGAAAGAAGUGAUCAGGUAUAUGAACCGAAAUAAACUUGGAAAGGAAAUAAGAGAACAGAUCAAAGGACACUUGAGGUUACAGUACGAGAGCAGCUACACUGAAGCUUCCGUCCUUCAGGACAUCCCAAUUUCUAUUCGCGCAAAGAUUUCUCAAACACUAUAUAAGCCAUAUAUCGAAAGCAUUCCAUUGUUGGAAGGAUGUUCAGCAGAGUUCAUUCAACAGAUUGUGAUCAGGCUGCAAGAGGAGUUCUUCUUACCAGGCGAAGUUAUUUUGGAGCAAGGAAGCGCAGUCGACCAAUUAUAUUUUGUCUGCCACGGUGCACUGGAAGGUGUUGGUAUUGGUGAAGACGGCCAAGAGGAGACUCUCCUGAUGCUGGAGCCAGAAAGCUCCUUCGGCGAAAUCGCGAUCCUCUGCAACAUCCCGCAGCCAUACACGGUCCGCGUCUGCGAGCUCUGCCGGCUCCUGCGGCUCGACAAGCAGUCCUUCACCAACAUCAUGGAGAUCUACUUCGUCGACGGGAGGAAGAUCCUGAGCAACCUCUCCGAGAGCAAUGAGUACGGCGGGCGGAUCAAGCAGCUGGAGUCGGACAUCACGUUCCACAUCGGGAAGCAGGAGGCGGAGCUCACCCUGCGGGUCAACAACGCCGCCUUCUACGGCGACCUGCACCAGCUGAAAAGCCUCAUCCGGGCGGGGGCCGACCCCAAGAACACUGACUACGACGGCCGGUCUCCUCUGCAUCUCGCGGCAUCCAGAGGUUAUGAGGACGUCGUGCAGUUCCUCAUCAACGAAGGCGUCGACAUCAAUCUCACCGAUCAGUUUGGGAACACGCCGUUGCUGGAGGCGGUGAAGCAGGGGCACGAACGGGUGGCGUCGCUGCUGUUCGGCAAGGGGGCCAAGCUGAGCCUGAAGAACGCCGGUAGCCACCUGUGCACGGCGGUCGCCAAGGGGGACUCGGACUUCGUCCGGCGGGCGCUGGCCUACGGCGCGGACCCCAACUGCAAAGACUACGACCGCCGCACCCCGCUCCACAUCGCCGCCACCGAGGGCCUCUACCUCAUCGCCAAGAUGCUCGUCGACGCCGGCGCCAGCGUGUUCGCCACGGACAGAUGGGGCACCACUCCGCUUGACGAAGGGCGCAAGUGCGGCGGCCGGACGCUGGCGUCGUUGCUGGAGCAGGCGCGAGCCAAGGAGCUCUCCAAGUUCCCCGAUCACAGCGAGGAAAUCAGAGACAAGAUGCACCCGUGGCGGUGCUCGGUGUUCCCGUACCACCCGUGGCGGGACGACGGCGAGGAGCGCCGAAAGGAGGGAGUGGUGCAGUGGAUCCCGCACACCAUAGAGGGCCUCGUGGCGUCGGCGCAGGAGAAGCUCAACGUGCCGGGCCCGGUCUCGCGGCUGCGGCUUCUCUGCGAGGACGGGGCGAGGGUGCUCGACGUCGACAUGCUCAAUGACGGCCAGAAGCUGUACCUGGUCGGAGGCGACGACGACGAUCAGAAGGAUGGCGAGUAGAAGAAGGGCGCGGUGGUUUUCGUGGCUUUUUCUUCUUGCGGAGCAUCCCCAGCAUUGCAUGCCGGUUGUAUCGCUGUACAUAUUGCAUAGCGAAUAAAGAGAGAAUCGAGGCGGUUCUACA